AUGCGUUUGUCAUUGCUCCUCUCGAUCCUGCCCAUGGCGCUGGCUGCGCCGGCUACUAAGCGUUCCGAGCCCGCUCCUCUCCUGGUUCCACGUGGUAGCCAUGAGCUCAUUGCCGACAAGUACAUUGUCAAGUUCAAGCAGGGAAGCGCCUUGUCCGCUCUUGACGAUGCCCUUAGCUCCUUUGGUGGCAAAGCCGACCACAAGUAUGACAAUGUCUUCAAGGGCUUUGCGUUGCACCUGGAUGAGGCCAAGCUCAAGACGAUCCGCGACCACCCUGAUGUCGAGUAUGUUGAGCAGGAUGCCAUGGUCACACUCUCCGGGUUCGAGUCCCAGCAAGAUGCCACAUGGGGUCUCUCCCGCAUCUCUCAUCGCCAGGCUGGCGCUUCAACCUACGAUUAUGACUCAAGCGCUGGGGAGGGAACCUGUGCCUAUGUCAUCGACACUGGCGUCGAGGCAGACCAUCCUGAAUUCGAGGGUCGCGCCACGUUGCUCAAGUCCUUCAUCGACGGACAAAAUGCCGACGGAAAUGGCCACGGAACGCACGUUUCAGGGACCAUCGGCAGCAAGACAUAUGGUGUGGCCAAGAAGACAAAGAUCUUUGGCGUCAAGGUGCUCGACGACCAGGGCAGCGGCCCCUACUCUGGCAUCAUCGCUGGAAUGGACUACGUUGCCAAAGACUCAAAGAGCCGUGACUGCCCCAAGGGCUCGGUUGCCAAUAUGAGCCUGGAGGGUGGCUUUGCGCAGUCCGUAAACGAUGCUGCGGCCGCUCUUGUACGCAGCAAUGUCUUUCUUGGCGUUGCUGCUGGAAACUCCAACAAGGACGCCGGGCAGUCGUCUCCGGCGUCGGAGACCACUGUUUGUACCGUGGGCGCGACGGACAAGAACGACAAUCGGUCGUCCUUCUCCAACUAUGGAAGAGUCCUUGACAUAUUCGGACCGGGAACUGACGUCCUGUCCACUUGGAUUGGCGGUAGAACUAACACCAUUUCUGGCACAUCCAUGGCUACGCCGCACAUCGUGGGACUCGCUGCGUACCUCGCUGCCCUGGAGGGUAAGACGGGCGGGUCAAUUUGUAGCCGCAUCCAGGAGCUCGCUACCAAGGAUGCCAUUAACGGCGUUCCGGGCGGUACUGUCAAUCUUCUCGCCUUCAACGGAAACCCGUCGGGCUAG